UGCACACGACCGUGAGUGCGCGCCGUGACCACGGCGAGGGAAGUGUGUUCCCGCGAGUUCGCUCGUGCAAUCUAAUACACGCCUCUGAUAAACGCGCUCGCUCGCUCGCAUGUGUGUGUGUGUGUGUGUGUGUGUGUACGCGCGCGCGAGCGCGUGCCGCGGCGUCUGUGCUGGAGCUCGGAUCUUCCGUAUCUCUUUUCUUUCUCCCUGUGUCUUUUCCUUCCCCCUCCCCUCUCUGUUUCGAGCGCGCGCGCGCACGCGUGCUCUCUCUUUCUCUCCCUCUACACAAUUUUCUAUGCGUGUGCGGUCGUCUUUCUUUCUCUCUCUCUCUCUCUCUCGGAUGUCUCUGGACGUCUCUCCAAGACAGUAGUGGCGGCGACGGCUAUCGAAGGGCUAUCGCCGUCAUCGUCGUGUUGUGUCAACGUAACCCACGGCAGCGGCAUCGGCACCGCCACCACUACCACCAUCGCCAACACCACCACCGACGCCUCUUCAACAGCAAGAGCUUGGGUUUACCAUGGGCACGUUACUGGCUAUAAAAAAGAUCGUACAAUAUUCUCCUAAGCCUGAAAUGGGGACGAGGAGUCCUUCAGCGUAGACAUGGACUACGAUCUGUUUGGUGAAGAUGUCAGUGGCUCGAUGCUCGAGGCUCUUCCUGAUCUCGGAGGGAACGAUCACUUCGAUCCUGCGCCUGCGAAUAAUCCCGUAGCGGUGUCUAGAGACGGUCUGAAUUCUGGCCCUAAUGGAGGAGGGAGUUACAUUAGCCAAUCCUAUAACAUUUCUCAAGAAUCUCCGAUACAAAAGUUAACCUCAUUCGGCGGAUCUGAAUUUGGUGGCUCGAAUCAAUUGCAAAAUCCGUCGCAGCAGCGCAGCAUGUUUAACCAAAAUCUCGGUACGUUCGAUAAUAGCGCCACACCUCAGCGUGCUAUGGUGCCGGGCGCGUUUCAAAAUCAGACUCGUAACAUUGCACCGCAACAGCACAGGGGGCCUCAUCCGGGUAGCGCUGGUCAGUAUCCUAGCUACAAUGACAAUAUGUAUUCUAUGGAGCAGCAACACUCGAUGGCGAGAGCCAACAUGAGUAUGGAUCCCAGCCAGCAAGGUUGGCCGGGUAAUGGUAGUGGUUAUCCACAGAUGCAGAGGCAUUACAAUCAGAUGGCUCCGCAGCCUGCCACGUACAGGCAACACAUGCCGCCACAGUAUUCUCAUCAGCAAGACCAAGCUGGCGUUAUCAAUCAAAAGAUGCAGCAGCAACAGCAGCAGCAGCAGCAGCAGCAGCAGCAACACUUUGGUCAACAGGGAAUGAUAGGUAACAUGGGGGUUUUGCAUCAGUCGAUGCAACCUAGCGCGACCGGCGGAGUCUAUCAACAUAUGGUUGGACAGCAGCAGCACUAUCAGCAAGGCAAUUCGGUAGCGGCGAUGUAUCAGGCGUCUCCCGGAUAUCCCGGCUUUGCCUCGGCAAUUCAUCAGCAGCAGCAGGCUCAGCAACCGCCUCAGACGAGAAUGCCGCACCAUCAUCCGGCGCAUCCGACCCAUCAACCGCAUCCGUCUCAUCCUCAACAAUAUCCUCAGCACACCUCUCAACAUCCGAACGCGCAGCAACAGCCAACGAUGGAUCCCCAGUAUCCUCAUCAUGCAUCAAUGUUCAAUCAGCCGCAACACUCGGCUCCGCCACAGCAACAGUUCGGCACGGCACCGGCUAAACACUCGACGAGUCCACAGUAUCGCGCUGCUUUCCCACAGUUAUCGCCGCAAAUGUCGCCGCGACCGCAGAUGUCCCCGCGUCCGCCAGCGGUGCAGCAGCAAAUGUCACCCCGACCCAUCAUGUCGCCCGCUAAACCUACCACAUUGUCGCCACAUCCUCACGUUCAACUUCCUCAUCAGCAGGGUAAUCAAGCUAGCGCGAUGUCGGUAUCACCGUGUCCGCCCACGUCUAUGCAAAUGAAUCCAACAUCACAGCAACAGCAAACUACUCUGCAGGCUCUCGAGCAAAUGGUGAUGCCGGGCGUUGCCGUGUCCAACUCCAGCGUCCCUGCUCCAGACCAGUAUAAUCAGUUCCAAACACGUCCGCCAAUGUCGCAGACACCGAAUGUUCUACCGCAGCAGCCAACAGCACAGAGUCCGAUGUCAGGCCCAGUUACGGGGCCCAGAAUGUCGAUGCCUGCUCAAUGGCAAUCGCAUCCGCAACAGCAACAACAGCAACAACAACAACCACAGCAGCAGCAGCAACAGUCGCAAAUUAGGCCAAGCAUUGGCGUUAACGACGAAAGAAGUAGCAUGGUAGAACAGCCUCAGCAGGCACCGAUAGUAUCCGAGCAGAGUGCUCCGAUGUGCCCCGUCGCUGGACCGGAGAGUACUGUUCAUAGCGUUGUGGAAACGGCGACAACGACGAGCACAACGACAACAAGAGAACCGACGACGAUGACGGAGAAUAUCGUGCAGAACCCGAUCGAAACCCCGAAACAACCAGAACCCGAGCCUUCUUUACACCAGAGCGCUCAACAGAAUCAGCAACCGGACGUAACCGCGCAACUCGUUCCAUCACAAGUGGAUACAUUGGCACAAAAUAAUUCGCAGAAUAAUAAUUUACCCUUAGAUCAUACAUCUACGGUAGGAAAUAUUCCCACACCGGCAAGCAUACCUCCGAUAGAAACGGUGCAGUCUCUUCCCGCAUCCAGCACAAGUGGCAAUGUGGAAUGCACAAAUGUGACCACGUCAUUACAACAGCAACAACAAACAGUUGCCGCACCGAUUCCAACUCCCGUUUCUAGUAUUGAGACUUUGAGUGUGUGUGAAACGAAACCACAAGAACAAGGUAUGGAAGUACAUCAGCCGUCAUUGAGCAGUACAACGCAUCCACAACAAACCGUAGGACAACAGCAACAAUCGCAACAUACUCAACAGUCUAUCAAUUGUCCUCCACAGCAGCCGGUGCAGCAAUCAGUGCAGCAACCAGUGCAACAGCUUCACUCAACUGUGGCUCAACCACAGAUAGUCCAGUCUCAGGCAACAAUACCGCCUCCUCAACCGCAGUUACAAUCGCCACAACAAUCUCAGAUAACUCAAUCACAACCUGUUCAAAUAAAUCAGCAAUUGCAAUCACAGCAGCAAAUACCUCAACCGCAGCCAUCAUCACAACAACAACAGCAACAGCUACAACAAAUUGCACCUGCUCAACAAUCACAAAUUCCCCAGCCUCAAUCCGUAUUGAAUCAAGCGCAACCGGUGCAGCCUCAACAAAUUCCACCAGCACCUCAGCCUCAAUUGGGACAACCACAGCCUCAAAUGGGACAACCACAGUCUCAACUGGGACAGCCGCAAACUCAGUUGACGCAGCAACCACAGCCUCAGUUAGCACAACCAGUGACUCAGCAGGUCCCAACUUGCGUUACGCAGCAGGCACAGUCGACGACGGCAACGCCGUCACAGACACAACCACCUCAUAUGCAACCUCAGAUUGCUAUGAUCCCGCAAGGUGCCACGCUCAUACCACCUCAGAUUCCGCCACAAAUGCAAACUCAGCCGAUACAAAAUCCGACGUCUCAGAUGCAGAAUCAAAACGCUCAGGUGCCACCCGGACAUUUAAACGCACAGCAGAUACCUGCAGUCAGUCAGACCGCUGGUAUAGUGUUACCGCCGCAAGCUGCAGUUCCUGUGCCAAAUUCACAGACACCGCAUCAGUACCAUCCUGGAGGUGACAUGAUUACUGGCAAUACAAUGCCGAACAUGUACAGCAUGCCGACUAAUCCUACACAAACGACAGUCGCAGCUAGCGGUUUUGGUACGUCUUGUGCUCCGCUUUCGCAUCAUCAAGAACGAGCUGCACUGCAACAGCAGUUACAAGAAUUGUACUGCAUGUCAGUACCGCCGACUGCGGAAACUCAGGAGAAGAUUGUCGCCUUACAGGAAAAGUUGCAGGCGUUGCAGCAACAUGAGACGAAUGAUCAAUGUAAUGGGGGCCCGCAGUGUAUACUACAGACGCCGAUGUUUACAGCUGCUGUAGUCGAUAGUCCACAGGUAUCUAGUACUACUGGACGUGGUCGCAGUAAAGGUACGCCACGAGCAAAGAAGAGCCGUAAAAAAGCCGAUAAAGAAGCAUCCGCACCUAUCACUGCCACUCAGCAACCUGAGCAACCUUUAUCGGACAAUAAAGUCACUCCAGGCGAUAGUAGCAACAUAGUAGACAGCGCUGCAGAUUCGGAAGAUAUAAAGCCAUCGUCUGGCGAUAUAGAAGAGGAAUGGAAUAAGAAUAGAAAGUCACGUUCACCUCGAAAACCACGCAAACCUAAGGAACCUAAAGAGCCCAAAGAGCCGAAACCUAAGAAAGAACCAAAACCACCCAAGGAACCAAAAUCGCCAAAAGUAGCAAGGAAAAGAAAUAAGGAUAAAGACAAGGAUUCCACAAAACGUAAUAGGAAAAAAACUACUACUGAGGUCGUUGAUGACGAAGUCACACGUGAAAACGAAGAAACUGCCGUUUCGGAUUCCAGUGCCGUUAAGGACGCAGAGACGAAAAUCUGUGAAUCUGCCAUACAAGGUGAUCAAGAGCAAGUGGAUUCUUCUACUAAUGAACCCCUGUUAUCCGAGGUAAAAGAAGAAGGCAAAGAAAAAAUAGGAACGGAGGAUGUUACGGAAGAGGAAAAGAAAGAUGAAAAUUCGGAAACGACUACUGCAACCGCUGAAAAUGCGAGCGGUGGUAAAAAGAAAUCUGCAGCUAGGAAACGAUCGAGUACUGGCAAGUCAUCUGGGGGAAAAAGUUCCAGAAGUUCUAAGAAACGCAAGAGUCGCAUUGCACCUGAUUCUGACGGUGAGGAAUUGGCAGCGACACCUCCACCAUCACCAGAAGCUGGUGAUGAUGUAAAUAAGCGGCGUUCAGCGAGAAAUACUCAUCGCAAAAAAUACGUAGAUGAUGUGAUGUUGCGAUUCUCAGACGAUGAUGUUCCUAUCCAAGAAGCUCAACUCUCGAAAAAAGUAGACGGUGCAAACGCUGCAAAGCCUGCUGCUGUUAAGAAGGAGGGUGAAGGCGGUGAAGUCGGACCUAACAAACCCAACUUUGUAUACAUUAACACUACAGAUGAAGAUUCUAUGGUUGUGCAACAUAUUUUAUGCUCUCGAAUGGGAAAGAGAGAAGUUAAGCCUGUGGUACCUAAAGUAGAACCACCUCCAGAGAAAAAUAUGGAUAAAGAAGAAUCAACUGACAACAAAGAUGAGACAUCUGAUAAUCCCGUGAAAGAAGAGGAUGCAGAAGAUACCAAAAAAGAAACAAAGACCGAGGAUACAAUCAAAGACGAAGAAAAAAGUGAAACCGAUAGCGUGAAGAAGGAGGAUACGAAGAAAUCGGAAGAACCUCCCACGGAUUCAAAACCAGCCGAGAUUCCCGCCGUUGUCGACACAAAGCCGCAGUUUGUUGAGGUCGAAGAAUAUUUUGUUAAAUAUCGGAAUUUUUCGUAUUUGCAUUGCGAAUGGAGAACGGAGGAGGAGAUGUACAAAGGAGACAAGCGUAUUCAAGCUAAACUGAAAAGGUUCAAGCAGAAGCAACAACAAAACACCAACAUUUUCGAGAAUACGGAAGAUGAUCCCUUCAAUCCAGAUUUUGUCGAAGUUGACCGAGUCUUGGAUGAAGCAACUCAUACAGAUCCAACUACCGGAGAAACAGUCCGACAUUUUUUGGUCAAAUGGCGAUCUUUGCAGUAUGAAGAUUCUACCUGGGAACUAGAAGAGGAUGUUGAUCCCGAAAAGAUAGCUCAAUUUGUGAAAUUCAAUAAGGUACCACCUAAGGAACAAUGGAAGCCGAAAAAGAAGCCGACUGCUACAGCUUGGGUGAAGCUAGAAGAAUCUCCAGUUUACAAGAACAAUAACAUUUUAAGACCAUAUCAAUUGGAAGGAUUGAACUGGUUGUUAUUUUCAUGGUACAACGGACACAAUUGUAUUCUCGCUGAUGAGAUGGGACUAGGAAAGACGAUUCAGUCUCUGACAUUCGUGGACGCGAUCUACAAGUACGGAAUUCGCGGACCAUUCUUGAUUAUAGCUCCGUUAUCAACUAUUCCAAAUUGGCAGCGAGAAUUUGAAAGCUGGACCGACAUGAACGUCGUAGUAUACCACGGAUCUGCGGCGAGCCGUACUAUGCUUCAAGAAUAUGAAGUUUAUUAUAAGAACGAGAAGGGACAACAAAUCAAAGAUUUAGUAAAAUUCAAUGUGUUGAUAACGACAUUCGAGAUUAUUAUAACGGAUUUUAAUGAACUACGUGGAUACAAUUGGAGAGUCUGUGUCAUAGAUGAAGCUCAUCGUUUAAAGAAUCGAAAUUGUAAGCUCCUUGAAGGACUCAGGCAAUUGAAUCUGGAACACAGAGUACUUUUAUCAGGCACACCGUUGCAAAAUAACGUGAAUGAGCUAUUUUCAUUGUUGAAUUUCCUCGAACCGCAACAAUUUGCAAGUAAUGAAGCAUUCCUGAAGGAAUUCGGUAAUUUGAGCAGCGAAGGCGAAGUGCAAAAGCUGCAACUUCUUUUAAAACCGAUGAUGCUACGUCGCUUGAAGGAAGACGUCGAAAAAUCAUUGGCGCCGAAGGAGGAGACUGUCGUCGAGGUAGAGCUGACUAACAUACAAAAGAAAUAUUAUCGCGGCAUUCUCGAGAGAAAUUUCUCAUUUCUUGCAAAAGGCACCACGUCGGCCAACAUUCCGAAUCUUAUGAACACGAUGAUGGAAUUGAGAAAGUGUUGUAUCCAUCCAUUUCUAUUGAAUGGCGCCGAGGAUCAAAUACAGUUGGAUUAUAAAACUGGUGAGAAAGAAGAUUCUGAGGCGUACUAUCAUGCCCUAGUGAACAGCUCCGGAAAGAUGGUCUUAAUCGACAAAUUAUUGCCAAAACUGAAAGCCAGUGGUCAUCGAGUCUUGAUAUUUAGUCAGAUGGUAAGGUGUCUAGAUCUACUUGAGGACUAUUUGUUGUACAAAAAGUAUCCGUAUGAAAGAAUCGACGGUCGAAUUCGCGGAAAUCUACGACAGGCCGCUAUUGAUCGUUACAGUAAGCCUGAUUCGGAUCGAUUUGUCUUUUUACUCUGUACGAAAGCAGGUGGGCUCGGUAUUAAUCUGACCGCGGCUGACACUGUUAUUAUUUAUGAUAGCGAUUGGAAUCCACAGAAUGAUUUACAAGCGCAAGCUCGUUGUCAUCGAAUCGGGCAACAGAAGAUGGUCAAGGUGUAUCGUUUGCUGUGUCGCAACACGUAUGAGCGAGAGAUGUUUGACAAAGCAUCCCUGAAGUUGGGACUCGAUAAAGCGAUUCUACAAUCCAUGAAUACCAGUCAAGGAGGCAAAGAAACUAGCAAUAAACAGUUAACGAAGAAGGAAAUAGAGGAUCUGUUGAAAAAGGGCGCUUAUGGUGCUAUCAUGGAUGAUGACAAUGCUGGUGACAAGUUCUGCGAAGAGGAUAUUGAGCAAAUACUUGAGCGGAGAACUCAGGUUAUCACUAUAGAAGCAGAGAAAGGCUCAACGUUCUCGAAAGCAAGUUUCGCAUGUUCGUCGAACCGGUCAGAUAUCAAUAUUGAUGACCCUGACUUCUGGAAGAAAUGGGCGAAGAAGGCGGAGAUCGAUACUACAGAGAAGAAGGAAGAAGAUGAGCUGGUGAUAUCCGAACCCCGGCGAAGAACGCAAAUUAAGCGUUAUGGUCAUGACGAGUCGGUGGUUGAUAUGUCCGAAUUAGACAGCUCAGACGAAAACAGCGACGACGACACGAGCAUCGGCCUGUCCGGUAGAAGCAAGAAACGGCGCGACAAGUUCGGCAAGAAGUCGCGCAAGUUUUAUGAUGAGUACGUGCCGCGUGAGGGUGAGGUGGUAUACGGCAGUUGGGCGCGCAGCGAAUGUUUCAAGGUCGAGCGCGGACUGCUGACGUUCGGCUGGGGCCGCUGGGAAGAGAUUCUGCAGCACAGCCAGUUUCGUCGCGGUUGGCGUGAGGUCGACGUUGAGGAUUGCGCGCGCGUCAUUCUGCUCUACUGCCUGCGCUAUUAUCGUGGUGACGAGAAGAUCCGUAGCUUCAUCUGGGAUCUCAUCACGCCCAUCGAGAACGGCGAAAAAGUGAAGAGCGUGUCAGUGAACACAGGCAGCAGAAACAGUCGACAGAAGAAAAAGAGUCGAGUGCGAGAGGGCAGGGAAACUCGAGGAUCGGUCAUCAACGGUGGACCGAGCGAUCCCAAUCAUUGGAGCAACGCGGAGAAAUUUGACGGGGAUAUCUUUCUCGAGAGCAACUACAGGAAGCAUCUUAGUCGACACGCGAAUAAAGUGCUGUUGCGCGUACGAAUGCUGUAUUACAUUAAACACGAGAUUAUGGGCGACCUGGUUCAGCACAUUAAUGAUGGCGUUCACGUCAGUGCGUUGCCGCUAGACCUUCCACAGUUGACGGAACGACCGGCGAAAUGGUGGGACAUGACAGCAGAUAAAUCCUUAAUAGUCGGCUGCUACAAACACGGCUAUGAGAAUUACGACCAGAUGAGGACUGACCCCGCGCUUUCUUUCAUUACAAGCUGUCCUCCCCCUUUCCAGAACUCUCAGAACAAGAGUACCGUCGACAGUAGCAGUAGAGACGAUAAUAGUCUGGAAAACGAGGAGGAUGGCGAGUCUCCUGCAAUGACAAAAGACUCUAAGGACUCCGACAAAUUCAGUCGAGAAACACCUACGGAUUCCCCUGCCAUUUCAAGUAAGGCAGAUACGCCAAUACCGGAAGCGGGCAGCAGCCACGACGGGAAUGACAGUCUUCUCCCGGAUGAUGAAAAGACUUGGCCGUCUGUGGUGGAUCUUAAUACACGAUUACGUCGCGUGAUAUCCUCCUAUCAACGAAGCGUUAGUAAAAAGGAGGACGUUAAAAUUAUUCCGAAACCUGGUGGAAAGAUGGGAAUGGAGAGUGAGACUGCUUCCAUAAAUCAUACCGGCAUGAUGCACGAACCGCCCUUGAAUAUGCAAGGAUGGGAUUUACAGCAACUAGCGAUGUAUCUUUUGAAAAUGGAAAAAAGAGAAAAAAUGGAAGCUAUAGUAAAGGAACGAGAACGUACUCGUAUCGAGGAGCAAAAGGCAAAGUGGACCCGUCGCGAAGAAAGUGAAUUCUUGCGGGUGGUGUCUACAUACGGUGUUAAUUACGACAGGAAGAAAGCCCAGUAUGACUGGACCAAAUUCAAAAGUAUCGCUCGAUUUGACAAGAAAACGGACAACGAUCUCACAGAUUAUUAUAUGUCAUUUAGAGCAAUGUGCAAGAAAGUCUGUAACGCGAAAUUGAACGAAGAGGAAGUUGACGUUGCAGAUUUUAUAGAUGUUCCAGUGGAUCAGCUGAGUCCUGCCAAAGCGAGACAAAUACUCGACCGUGUUGACCUCCUGAGCAAGAUUCGUGAGGAGAUCUUGUCACAUCCGCAUCUCGAAGAACGACUCUCAUUGUGCCAACCAUCAGGGGAUACGCCAGACUGGUGGCAGCCGGGGAAACACGACAAGGAAUUGUUACUCGGAGCGGCGAAGCAUGGUCUUGGCCGUACCGACAUAACUAUACUGAACGAUCCAGACUUUUCAUUUCACAAGCUUCUUACGAGAGGAAUGUACGCGGCCACGCAGACUCCUAAAAUAAUGGAUAAGUCCGAAAAAGCGAUAAAGAUCGAGAGUAGAGAGGAUAUCUUAAAGUUUGACAAGGAUGAAAUACUCGUGAAACUGGAGAAAGGUGAGGGAACUUUGAAAAUUGAAAAAGUUGGUGCGAAAAAAGACAAAGACCAAAGUACUGAUAAGAAACCUGAGAACGCGGACUCCGAAAAAAGCCAAGUGGAAUUGACUAUUGUCAAAGCGGAAGCUAAACCUGAAGAGAAACCUAUUGGUAGUUCGUUGACAAUCACCACUGUUCCGAGAACAUCGGAUGUGGAUAAAGACAUCGCUGUAAAGAGCGAGGAAAAAAGUGAACUAGCGAUAGAGCCAGUUAAAUGCGAUAGCACCAAAGCUAUUCAGACAGGCACUGCCAAGUCAAUCGAUGAGAAGAUCGCGAAGGAACCUAAUUCAGAGAAUACAGAGAGUCCUACUGUUGUGGAACUCGACAAGGAGGACAAGGCUCAGGAAAAAGAUGUUAAACACGAAGUCGAAUCUACCGAAAAAUUGAACGAGUCGCAAGCGCAAGACAUCGCGAAGGAAACAGCCGAGAAAAAUGAGACAGAAAUUAAGGAGAAGGUUGAGAACAUCGAGAAGAAGAAUACUGAAGCUAUUGUUGAGCCCGCUACCGAAGACGAUAAUAACAAAAACGCUAAAUUAGAUAACGCACCGACUAAAGAAGAAGACGAGACGAAAGAAACAAAAAGUUCGGAUGUUGUCAAAGAGAAGGCGAAGGUUCCACAAGUCGAAGAGAAGUGCAGCGUUCAGGCCGCGGAAUUGAAGGCGAUGUUCCCGGAUCUGGAAGUGAUACAACCGUUGUCGCGGCUAACGCAAAUCGAUACAUUCGUUCUGCGAGACAAGCCGGCGGAUUAUAAUAACGAGCCUACGGUGAUGCAACUUUUGGCGCAUGGUUGCGCUAAUACAUCAAUAAAGUGGCCAAAGGAACACGCGAUCGAAGCUCGUUUAAUGCACAUCGUGCACGCAAUAGAGCACAAAGAAUGGCCGGUGUCGGUAAACUUCAGUGCCGGUGAAGAAUCGGAGCUUACACAAAACGAAAAGGAAUGUUCAGAAGUGAUAACAAUCACUACUGAUCACGGAGUAUCUAAAUCUAUGACGAGUGGAAAUAACAGUUUCUCUGCUUCGAAAAAACGCAAGAGACAUAUCGCUAUAGAUGUCGAGACCGAGCGAGCCAAGCUUCAUGCACUUCUCAAUAGCAGUCAUUUGAGUACGCCAUCACCCGCACCCCUCAGCAAACCAGUCGUUCUCUCCGGCUCGAAUACCUGGGAGAUGAACGAUGAGUCCCAGUCCGAAGAAUCGCGACGCUCCACGCCGGUCCAACCACCUCCAGCACAUCAACAAACGCGAACGCCAAAUAUACCCUUUGAUUUGAAAUAUCCCAUUCCAGGAAAAACAACUGUAAUACCUGGGACAUCAAGCACUUUGACGCCUAUUGAUCUAUCCGCUGGAUAUCCAAAACCAAAUUCUGAUAAUAACAAGGACAUUAUGAACGAGGUGCAAGAUUUCUCUAUGCCAAACAAGAAUAAACAAAUUAGUAGCAAUAAAGGAAAAUUGGACAGUAUGCUAGACAAGCUCAUGAAAAGGAAAGCUUGCCCAACAGAAGAACCGGUGAUUGGAAAGGAGAAGAAGCGCAGGAAAUUGGAUGAAAUAGUAUUGGGACUGAGCGCUGCGAAAGAACAGCAGAGUAGUGGCCAUUAUCUCGAGCACAGCAAGAAGAAUACGAUUACGCCCAACGUGACUGUAACUCCAACAUCGGCGCCGAUGGGACUUCCCAAUCCUCCGACGAGCUCCCAGAAGCCGUUUUCCAUUACCGUUACAUCGAUUCCGUCUUCUCGAGCCUCAAGUGUUUCUACGCCCGUUUUACCACCGCCAUCGUUGCACUCGCACAAAGAUACCUUUUCUGCUUUGUUGGCUCAGGCCGAGCAGCAAAAUCGUGAAUUGAAGAAACAGCAACAACAGCAGCAGCAACAACAACAACAACAACAACAACAUCAACAACAACAGCAGCAGCAACAAGCAUUCAACUCAGCGCAUCCGUCUUCCUCGAGUAGCAGUCACCGAAAGAGUUACGAGGCAAUGAUUGCGGACAUCAACAAAGUCGCCGAGUACUCGUCUAAAAUCGGCUCGUUCUCGCAUGAGGCGAAGGUGAACAAAUGGCUGGCGGAACAAAACGCGAUGUCGGAACAAUUGAGUGCAGAAUAUCUAAAUGCUCCCCGACGGCGUAGACCGCGCGUCGAUCCGUCCUUAUUGGAUUGGAAGAAGCUCACUGGUGAGGAGAAUGUUGCUGUUAUUAAUCGACUAACUGGCAAGAAGGUAACUGGAAGUAAAGCGCCUCAACUGAAACGUCUCGGAACGUGGUUAAUGGAGAAUCCAAUGUUUGACGUUGAUCCGAAGUGGGCAGAACUUGUAAAGGAACGCGGGAAUCUUCCGCACGAUUUACAGAAGAGAUUGUCAGGUAACGAGCGCAGCAGCAGCAGCAGCAGUAGCGUGAACAAGGGCAAGAGCCCGGGUAGGCCACCUAUGAUGCCUAGUCCUACGAGCCAACAAUCGGCGAAUACCGCCAAUCUGGCGGCCACGUCAAUGGCAUCCAGUCUCAACUUCCCGCUCGGCAAUUUGAACAAUUCUCUGUUGUCGGGUCUGUCGCUUGGCAAUUUCGAUCCAAAGAAUCCGCUGCUGAUGCCAUUUGGCGGUCUGACGAAUUUGGGCGCGCUUGGUGGCCUCGGCAACCUCGGUAACCUGGGCAACAUGAGCCUAACGAAUUCGUUGUUCGCUAAUCUAGCCGGGCUAGGUCUACCAUCAUUGGCGGGCAUGGAGGCGGCGUUGAACGCGCAAGCAGCAACCAGUAGUGCAGCAGCAGCGGCGGCAGCGGCAGCCGCGGCAGACGUAAAUAAUCCAGUAGUCAGUUCGGCGACUGGCAGUAGCAGCAGUGGCAAGAACGCCGGCGUAGGUUCUUCAUCGAGCAUAAGUGGCAGCAGUGGAAGUGGUGGCGGUGGUGGCGGUGGAAGCAAGUCACGGAGCAGUAAAUUGGAUCAGUCGACCAGCAGCAAAUCUGCAUCUGGUGGUCCGUCAACUUUAUCUGCCGUUUCGUCCGCGAGUCUGCCGACCCCCUCGCCGUUUCCAUUUCUCUUUACAAAUCCCAGCCUCCUCUACACGCCGUUAACCCUGAGCGGCCUGAAUCCAUUUUCCAUGCAGUCUGGCGGCGUGUCGUCGGCCUACGAAAGUCUCGCCCAGUGUGGUCUGCUGAAUCCACCAACGUCCAGCGCCUCUACGGUACGUAAACCAACGUCUUCUAGCAGCUCUUCUAGACAACGUGAAACCGUGCCGGAGUCCUCGACGUCUUCGUCAUCGUCGUCGUCGUCGACGGCGAAACGGAAGGAAGCCGAGAAAAAGUCUAGAUAUUCGGUGGAUCCAGUUGUAACUCUGCAACAAUACACGGAUAUGGCGGCAUUGCAUGGCGAGGAGAGACGUCGCGUCGAGCAGCAGCAGCAGCAGCAGCAGCAGCAGCAACAACAACAACAACAACAACAACAACAACAACAACAACAACCACAAUCGCAGCAGCAACACGAGAAGCGAGAACCGGCAGUAAUUACGGAACCGACUGAUGUGAUGGCGGCGGAUCUGUCGGAGAAAAAGACUGAGCGGAAGAGCAAGGAGCAGGAGGUGAAAGAAGCUUUGGAACAUUUGAGGACUAGUGCCGAACUGGUCACACGAAACAUCGACGACGCUCCAAGAAGCUCCGAGAAGCCGCCCAACAAGAACCGUAGCAGCACUGAUAGUAAUCAAAAUUCCGAUCAGCAGCAGCAACAACCACAACAAUCACAACAACGAUCGACGCCACAGCCACUACCUCCGAUUGAAAUCACCCUGGAACCUGUGCCGAAAAAGAUGCGCACUGAAGUGGACACAAGCACGAAAUCAUCGUCCAUGUCAAGUAACGAGAUACCAACAAUGGAAAUUGAACCGAUGACAAAAUCAUCGCCGACAACUCCGACGAAAGCGACGCAGCAAUCGGCAGUCUCGCAGGAGGAAGCAUUCAGCGUCCCAUCCGUAGAGGCAAAUACAACCAAGAAGGAAGUGAAUGACUCGACGACAAUGACGACAAUGACGACAACGACGACGACGACAUCAUCGUCAACUGCGACAACAGCGGCGGCGGCGUCAUCUGCGAAUGCGACAUUACCGACUCAAAAUACCAGCACAAAGCAGAGCGAUAGCGGUAAAUCAGCUGCUCCGGAAGCCGAGGAGGACAGCAAAGGCACCAAGGCGCCGAAAAAGGCACGCAGCGGCAAACGCUUGAGUGUGGAACCGCCACCAGAGCGUAAGAAUCUUCGCUCGAGUGCCGGUAGACAGGCACGAGCGGCCGCGGAACGCCAGGCACGAAUGGAGGGUGAGAUGCAGCACUCCGAGCAGCAGCAACAACAGCAGCAAGAUAGCAGUGGCCAUGUGGCCGGCGAGUGAGGCAAAAGGUCUCGUCGGACUGCUGCCGCAAAACGAUGAGCGACAAAUCACCGAAAAGCGCUAAUCUAUGGCGUUUUGAAAAGAGGAUUCGGAAUUCGGUGGAUGCCGCAGUAGUUCACGUUUUCUAAUUCUACUCUCUGAUUAGACACUGCUCGCACAACGAAGAUCUUAUGUAGAUAAUUCCCUAUUUGACGCUGACAAGCGCGCAAGUGUAAGGUGUUGUUUCUAAAUAAAUGCGCGAUGAAACACAAGUGCAUCGAAAGGAGGCUACAGACAUUGGUAGAAUCUACCGUAGCCUUCGGUUCGACUCUUGAAUUAAAAAAAAAAAAACGUGUGUGAACAAAUAGGACUCCCUCCAUUUCGCGGGAAAUGGAUUACGUAUUAUUACGUUAGUCGUUGACGGAGACAGUGUGUGUGACAGUGCACGUUCAUUGAAUUAAAACAAAAAGAAAGAGAGAAAUCUUUCACAUACGAAGGCUGCGAUAGUAUUUUAUCAUUCGAUACUUUAUGUAGUAAUUAAUUUUUAAUUGCGUAAUUACGAUAUAAUAAUAAAGGUAUAGUUUUGUUAAAUUUAUUAUCUACUAUCUCUUAUUGGUUUUGACCAGGGACUGUUUUAUAUAAAAAAUAUACAUAUAAAUAUAUAUAUUAUAAAAUUGUGUACUCGCUAUUGCGCAUAAAGCAAUUUACAGGCAAGGAAUACAAGACGGAAUAUAGAGACGGAAUAUAAUCGUAAUGUAGAGAAAAAAAUAAUUACAGUAAUAACUUAAUAAAACGAGGAAAAUGUAAAUAUUAUACACAAUUACGCCUAUAGAGACAGUAAGCAAUCGUGUACUUGGAAAAGAAAAUGUAUAUAACGCAGUGUACUUUUAAUUACAUUAGGUGAAAUAAUAAACAGCUUCUUUUGUUGUUUGCAAAUACCAAGGAUUCGAAUCUCUUAUUUUAUAUCAAUCUACAAUGUAUAUGAAAAGGAAAGAUUAUCUAUUAAAUUGAUCUUAAAUUAUUAAAUCUUAAACUAGAUAGAAAAAAUUAUUUAAAUAAAGACACAGAAAUGCAGUGUCCUUAUUUAAAUGAUCAGAAGUGAUAAUAAAAUGAUCGUUGAAUCUAUAAAAUAAUAUGUAUGAAUUUUUACACAAAAAAUCGUAUGUUAUAUUGAUUUGUGCAACUUUUAUUAGAAUCUUUUUGUAUACAGGAAUUUUUUUAUGCAUCUAUAGGUUGUGGCACAAUACGCAUAUACGUUCUGCCAGAGGGCAACAUCACAGUCUUGAUAUUGUUGUAGGAAGCUUUUGCCUCGCUGUCCGACACACUCGGAUCAAUCAUAACGUCGUCUCCUUUCUAAAAUAUCGUAUACGCAUGUAAAAAUUAACGCAACAAAUCGUCAUCGACAUGUUUUGUUUGAUAUUUAAUUAUAAACAGCGAAAAAAUUAAUAUCUCUUGAGAAUCU